AUGGUGGAGGAAGAGGCGGCAGAGUUUUGAAGCUGCGAGAGAGAGAGAGAGAGAGAGAGAGAGAGAGAGAAUGGUGAAGGCUUACCUGAGGUACGAACCAGGGGCGGUGUUUGGGGUGGUUUGUUCGGUGGAGUCGAACAUAUGCUACGACAGCUCAGGGAAACUGAUCCUCGCGCCUGCCCUCGAGACGGUAGGCGUGUGGAACGUGCGUCAGGGUGUCUGCUCUAGAACCCUCUCACCUUCCUCUUCCUCACGCCACGGUCCUUCCCUCGCCGUCACCUCCAUCGCUUCCUCUCCCUCUUCCUCUAUAGCUAGUGGAUAUGCUGAUGGAAGUAUCAGGAUUUGGGAUUGCCAUAAAGGUACAUGUGAGACCACAUUGAACGGGCACAAGGGCGCUACGACUGCGUUGCGUUACAACAAGCUUGGCUCUUUCCUUGCCUCAGGAAGCAAAGAUAAUGAUAUCAUCUUAUGGGAUGUGGUCGGUGAAUCUGGACUUUUUCGUCUCCGAGGGCACCGAGAUCAGGUCACUGACCUUGUUUUCCUAGAUUCUGGCAAGAAGCUUGUCAGCUGCUCAAAGGACAAGUUUCUAAGAGUAUGGGACCUCGACACCCAACAUUGCAUGCAAAUAAUCAGUGGUCAUCACAGUGAAAUUUGGUCCAUGGAUGUUGACCCAGAGGAGAGAUAUCUUGUCACUGGAUCAGCGGACCUUGAACUCCGAUUUUACAAGGUAAAGCAUCAGCUGUAUCCAACUGGAAUCGAUACUAUGAAUGGUGGAGAUACUUCACAAGAUAAGUGGGAAGUUUUGAAGCAAUUUGGAGAAAUCCAGCGGCAAAGCAAGGAUAGGGUCGCAACUGUGAGAUUUAAUAAGUCUGGAAAUCUUCUUGCUUGUCAAGUUGCAGGGAAGAUCAUAGAAAUAUUCCGUGUUUUGGAUGAGGUUGAAUCAAAGCGUAAAGCCAAACGACGAAUCCAGAGGAAGAGAGAAAAGACCUCUGCAAAAGGGACUGCUGAGGCAACUGAGAAUGGUGAUGCAGAUCUUGUAUCUCAACAAGAAGUCAGCAUUCCCAACGCUGUCGUUUCUGAUGUUUUUAAAUUUCUUCAAGUUCUACGGACAAGCAAGAAAAUUUGCUCCUUCUCUUUCUGCCCUACUGUCCCACCAACUAAGGGAACUUUGGCUACUUUAGCAUUGUCGCUGAAUAACAACUUAUUGGAGACUUAUUUGAUUCAAGAUAGCACAACCGCUAAAGCUCUUGCUAUCGAUCUUCCAGGACAUCGUUCUGAUGUUAGAAGUGUGACCCUUAGCUCAGACAAUACCCUUUUGAUGUCGACCAGCCAUAACGCUGUAAAGAUUUGGAAUCCAAGUACUGGUGCCUGUCUUCGUACCAUUGAAUCUGGAUAUGGCUUAUGCAGUUCCUUUGUUCCCAGUAACCGAUAUGCACUUGUUGGAACCAAAAGUGGAGCAUUAGAAAUCAUUGAUGUUGGGAGUGGUAGUUGCACAGAAGUAUUAGAAGCUCAUGCUGGUUCUGUCCGGUCAAUUGCUUCGAUUCCAGAUGGAAGUGGUUUCGUCACUGGAAGUGCCGAUCACGAAGUUAAGUUCUGGGAGUAUCAGCUUAUGGAGAAACCCGGUCAUGAUUCUAAGCAAUUAACAGUAACAAAUUGGAGGACUUUGAAAAUGAAUGAUGAUGUUCUUGUGGUUGCUGUUAGUCUUGAUUCUAAAUACAUAGCUAUCUCCCUAUUGGAUUGCACAAUCAAGGUCUUCUUUUUGGACUCGCUAAAAUUUUUUCUUUCCCUAUAUGGCCACAAGUUGCCUGUGCUUUGCAUGGAUAUUUCAUCAGAUGGAGAUUUGAUAGUUAGCGGUUCUGCAGACAAAAAUUUGAAGAUUUGGGGUUUGGAUUUUGGAGAUUGUCACAAAUCAAUUUUUGCUCAUGCUGACAGUGUCAUGGCAGUGCAAUUUGUGCGGAACACACAUUAUAUGCUUAGUGUAGGAAAAGAUCGCCUUGUAAAAUAUUGGGAUGCUGAUAAAUUUGAGCUACUUCUAACACUUGAGGGGCAUCAUGCUGAAAUUUGGUGCCUUGCAAUAAGCAAUCGCGGUGAUUUUAUCAUCACAGGAUCUCAUGAUCGAUCCAUCCGUCGUUGGGAUCGUACUGAAGAACCCUUUUUCAUUGAGGAAGAGAAAGAAAGAAGAUUGGAUGAGAUGUUUGAGUCUGCCUUCGAUGAUUCAUUUGAAAGCAGGUAUGCACCGAAGGAAGAAGUUCCAGAGGAGGGAGCCGUGGGCUUGGCAGGAAAGAAGUCUCAAGAAACCCUUACUGCAACUGACUUAAUAAUUGAUGCAUUAGUGGCAGCGGAGGAGGAAUCAAAACUCAUUGACCAACAUAAGGAGGACAAACGAAGUGGAAGAACAACAGAUCUCCAACCAAAUGUUAUGAUGCUUGGGCUUUCUCCAUCUGAUUAUGUUCUCCGUGCAAUUUCCAAUGUUCACACCAAUGACCUAGAGCAGACAUUACUGUCUCUACCAUUCUCCGAUGCCUUGAAGCUUAUGUCUUACUUGAAGGAUUGGACAUCCAAUCCUGAUAAGGUCGAGCUUGUGUGUAGGGUCGCUACUGUGCUUCUGCAGACUCAUCAUAACCAAUUGAUUACUACUCCUGCCGCAAGAUCUGUCUUGACUAUUCUCAAGGAUAUCCUUUAUAAAAAAGUCAAGGAAUGUAAAGACAUCCUCGGUUUCAAUCUCGCUGCUAUGGAUCAUCUCAAGCAAUUGAUGUCUCUAAAGUCAGAUGCACCUUUCCGAGAUGCCAAGACAAAGUUAUUGGAAAUCCGUUCACGGCAACUGAAGCAUCUAGAAGGGAAGAAUGACGUAAAGGAAGAGAAGCGGAAAAGAAAGAAGCAGAAGAGUUGAGUAGGAGUAUGGUUUUAAAUAGUGGGUUUUCAAUGUGCAACUCACCUGGAGAUGGAAGCUGGUAGAACUUGACCCGACUCCUUCCAUUUUGGUGCCAUUUUCAUCUGCUGACUGGCUUUGUUUCCCAUCAAAAUCGAGCCGACGCUGCUUAUCGUGUACCAUUUAUUUUAUUUUAUUUUAAAAUUUUUCCCAUCCAUGUAGAGCUAUAAUUUUGGCAAAUUUGGACUAGGGUUUAAGGGCCCAGUUUUGGAAGUCCCAUGGUUAAAGAGUGGCCCCUGGUUCGCUGUUGAAAUGGGUAUAUGACAAUUUCAAAUGGUGGCAUGGGUCCUCUGUAAUGACAAUUAGAUAAUGAUACAAUUAUUAUUGCUGCUGC